AUGGCUUCCUUCAUGAGUCUGACCUCAGAUCGCCUUCCGUUGGAAGCUUUCAAGGCCAAGUUGCCUAAGAUCACUACCGCUCAUCAUACACCAAACAAUGUAGAAAUUCCUCUGCACUUGUUUCAAUGGUCAGAAAGCGGCAAUCGUGGGUCUGAGAUUGGUGGUAUAAGAUCGAUGACAGAACUGGAGACAUAUAGCCAGCCUACCGUACGAAUACUAUUUGCCCCUCAGGAUGUCCCGACAUCCCGUUUCGGAGACGGACUACUCGAGCUUUUUGAGAGGUCAGACAUUCCAACCGCGUUCGUCGCUGAGAGUCUACAAAAUGUUUCCCAAUCGUUUGGAGCACGAAAGGACAUGGACGGGACGACGAAUGUCUGGUUCCAUAUGCUCUGCAAGGACGUAAAGAUCGACGAAGGACGAAUAGUUCACCAACAACGACCGGGAGAGACAGACAGUCGUCAAAAAGCUCAAAAGCAGAGCCAGGCGAACUUCUUUUGGACAAAACCGGGGUUCGUUCUGAAGAUCAAGAGUCAGCGGAGCAUGACACCAGUGCCCAACCGUACCACGACUUCGAGUAGCGACAGCACGCUGGCUGUGACUCCGAGUCGUUCAAGGGUCGAAUUGUUCUGUUUUGGAGCUCCCAUAACACUACGAGAUCGCUUCCAGAAGUUCAAGGGCCUCGCAACAUGUGAUGAUCUGCUACAGGAUCCUUACGUACUCCUUGAGAUCGUCCUCGAAGAGAUGUACAAGGUACUGGACGCAACAGGCUGGGCCAUAGCCGACGUCUUUGGGCACAUUGAAACCCGUACGUUCGGCAUGGCGAGUGCACCAGGAAAGGCAGUCAAGGACUUACCGAACGACCACUUCACCGGAUUGCAUAAUCUCGCCAAACACACCAUAUACUUGCGUGAGAAUUGUGAAUCGGCCCUUGCUACACUCGAAGCUCUGCAAGAGCACCAUAACGCCACAACAGGCGAUCAUCCAAAUCAAACUCAGGAAUUCACACGAGAAGCGCUGAGAUACCGAAAGACGCUGUUCCAGUCGACGCAACGGCGACUUGCAAGUCUGGACAAGCGGAUGACAAAUAUCAUUCAGCUAUCAUUUCAUAUAGUGACUCAAGGUGACAGCCGACUCAUGCAGUCUGAGAGCCAAAGCAUGAAGACCAUUGCGGUUAUGACGCUCGUCUUCAUGCCUCUUGGAACGGUCGCCGCUAUAUUUGGGACACAAUUCAUGAAGCUCGAGGAUGAGAAGCCAUAUCGUUUGCGAGUAUCGAAUGAUUUCUGGCUACUUUGGCUCAUCGCGGUGCCGCUCACAGUAUUGGUGAUGAUCAUCUGGAGAAUGUGGUACACAGACGCGAAGGCACGAGCGAUGGACGCGAGAAAAGAGGAGGGUGGUUGUCUGGGAUGGAAGACUUUUGGGCAGGUGAGGCGGAACGAUGAGCAACAGGGAAUGACGCGUGCUGUUUAA